CAGUUUUUUCUUAGCAUUGUCCUUUGUAAAAGAGAAGCACAAUGGGAGCUUAUUUGACUGAAUGCAUGCUUCAACGCUAUUUACAGUAUCCUAGAAACAUGGUUUCUUAUCGUGUAAAAAUUGAUUACUCUGGCUCAUUAAGUGUCGCCGAAAGCUUACAUAUUUCGGUCUUUCAAUUUUCUCGUCGGAGAAAGUGAAUAUUCCUAUUGCGACACCAUGACGGGAAUUCGCUUGUGUUCUUUCAAACCCCUCGUUGCUUGCUUUGGAAUCGCCAUCUUGGUAGUAAUAGCAAGAAGAAAUAUCCUUUGGAAGAAUUCACCUUCCACGAAAGAUUGGAGUACAUUUUAUCAAGAGAUUGCACUACAAUUAACCCAUUCGCAAAUCCACACGAGCUCCUGUAAUCCUGAACGUGUACCAGAGAGCCUUAAAAGACUAUACCGAAUGUACGAUGACGUCAAAACGUUCGUCAUGUUCAUUGGAUACCCCCAUACCAUAGAAAGUCUUACAGGAGCAAUAUUGGACGCACAUCCCGAAAUUCUUAUUCCUCAAGAAUACGAUGUUAUUGGGAACUGGAAAAUGUUCCAGCACAAAAUCCUGCAAGACUCUGGCCAGCAAAAGCAUAUGUUGUUUUUCGAUAUGCAUUAUCUUUCUACUUUUCAAGCAGUCUUCAGAAACAAAGCCAAUAAACCGAGCCAAUUCUGGUUAUGGACUUCUAAAGGCAAUGGUAUACACUAUAACUUUGUUCCUGAUGCAUGGCAGGGAACAAUCAGUGGAAAAUUAAAGGUUUUCGGAGAUGGAAGCGGAUGGGAAACAUCUAAGAAACUGAUGGAAAAACCAGGAACCUUUAAAGUACUUGAAGACAUCCAGAAUGUAGUUGGUGUUCCAGUCAAGUUUAUUCACGUUAUUUCAAAUCCAUACGAUGUCAUUGCUUCCAGUGUAAUUAGUCACCCGUUUGACCCCCAGAAAAAGAUAAACGACACCGGAGCAGUUCGCAAUGCCGUACAAAACUUCUUUACCGUUGCGGAGACCAACGAACGAAUAAGAAAGUUAUACGGCAAUGCAGUCUUGGACAUCUCUAGCGACCAACUUAUUUUUAACUCAAGGGAAACGCUAAGGAAGAUCUGCAUAUUUCUAGACGUCACGUGUUAUGAUAGCUACCUUAAUAAAGUUGAAAGGCUAUUGAAUGGUCAUUCCACAAGAAGUCGAAAUCUUGUUGCAUGGAGGAAAGAAGACAGAGAUUUGAUUACAACCGAGGGGGCAAAGUACUCUUUCCUUCAAUCUUUUACCUUUGACGAUGUUUCCAGCUUUACUCACUGAAUUAAACUAGU